AUGAUUAGCAGGGACCCCGAGGAGCCACUUCACGUGCUCGACCUGCCUCAAAUCUAUACCAAACCGUCGGGAACUGAGUUGAUGAAAGCCAUUGACCUUCUAGCGAUCAAACCACGAUCUUUCAGUACAGACGCCGAAACGACAAAGACACCGUCCGUUGACCCGUCCGGAGUAACUCGCUAUCUGACUUCAAUUAUCUCCAGUCCACUCUCAUGGCUUGAAACCGACGCACUCCGGGAUGCUGUAUGGGAUGCCGCCUCUGCUCGUCUUAGCGAGCGGUGCGGCCGGACUGCCAUGCCAGCUAUGUCUCGAGUCUUCACAGUACCUACAACAGGAAGCGAACACUUCACACUAACUCUCCACGAACCCUCACUCACCGCUGACAACCUGGGCAUGAAGACCUGGGUAUCCUCCUAUCUCCUCUCCCAUCGCCUCCUCACAGUCCUCGACACCACGCCCCAACUUGUGCCAUCUACGACAACUACUCCACAUACCGAAGGCAAGCUUCGAGCGCUAGAGCUGGGAGCAGGGACUGGACUCGUAGGACUUUCAUUCGCAGCCCUCCGGGGCAAUUCGGCCACGAUCCACUUGACGGACCUCCCACCGAUUGUCCCCAACCUCGCACAUAACGCUUCUCUGAACGUGGAACUGCUCAACAGCACGGGUGCAACGGUGACAACGGGCAUUUUGGACUGGUCUAUCAUCCCUGAUCCACUUCCCACCCCAGAGGAACAAUACGAUAUCAUCCUGGCUGCGGACUCGCUAUAUUCGCCUAGUCACCCAGAGUUGCUCGUUAAUGCCAUCACGCACUGGCUGAGUCGUGGCCCGAAUGCGCGCGUUGUACUCGAGAUGCCGCUGCGCGAAUCGUACUUGCCGCAAGUAGAGGAACUCCGGCAGCGACUGGGGAAGCUUGGUCUUGCAGUGCUGGACGAAGGAGAGGAGACAGGUUACGAUGACUGGGAGACUGCAGAUGGGUCAGCAGUUGCGGUCCGGUGUUGGUGGUCUGUUUGGGGGUGGCCUUAG